UAAAAUAUUGAAUCUUAGAGAACAUUUCUCAGAGUGCGUGAGCAAGCCAAGCGAGUCACAGCUUCCAAGGAAAUGGCACAAAGGAUAGCUUGGCUUUUAGCCAUAUUCCUCGCUAUUUUCAUCUCUGGUUUCAUCGUCGUCGAUGGACAGUCGGGACGUGCGAAGGUGAUCGUGGACACCGACGCCGGAGUGGACGACGCCUUCGCUUUGGCUAUGCUGCUUGAGGCGGACCGGCGGCUGGAGAUCGAAAUCAUCGCCGUCACCACCGUGCUGGGCAACACGGGUGUCAGGAAUGUGUCUCGCAACGUUCUCAAGGUGCUGCAAACCGCCAACCGACUUGAUAUUCCAGUGUAUGAGGGUGCCGCUUUCUCACUCGAGCUGACCAACAACAACGACAGCUACUUCGGCUAUGAUGGUUUCGGGGACAUCGAGUACCCCAACCCACCAGGUGACGAGUAUCUGCAAAGCACGCCGGCCAUCGUGGGGCUUCUCGAGCUGACGAAAACCCACAGCGGCGAAAUUAAUCUGCUGAUGCUGGGUCCGCUGACGAACUACGCCCUCGCCGUGCGCACCGUGCCCGACUUUCCGAGCAGACUUGAAAGCGUGUGGGUGCUCGGCGGCUCCAUGAUUGGAAUGGGAAACAUGGCGCCUGGGGUGGAAUUCAACUUCUGGGUGGACCCGCUGGCCGCAUUCAUCACGCUGAGUCCACCGGUGCACACAGCGUCACUCGUGCAACUGGUGCCCCUGGAGACGACCCUCGAAGCGCCCAUCACCGUGCGUAUAUAUAAACACGGCUAGUUAGUUUAUCAAAUUAAUUGUGAUUGAUAGGAGUGGCGCGUCAACGUGCUCGGCAAACUUCCAGGCAGCAUGAUGGCCCUGCUCAACGCCAUUGAGCAAAACUUCUGGCAGCGCUCGGACAAGUGGGUGUGCUCAGACCUCGUCCUCGCUGCCGUUUUUCUGCAAAGACCGCUCAUUACUAAGACGCGUCCCAGUUUUAUCGGAGUGGAAGUGCACGGGCUGCACUUGUCGGGAGCAACUUUCGUUGACUACAACGAGCCGAGUGCAAACGAGCCCAACGUCGAGGCCAUCCAGGCGUUCGAUUUGGACGCCUACAUGAGCAACCUCCUCAACUACUUUGACCAGUCCAAACACACUAUAGGCUAUCACACUUCAAACAACAACAUCAUAGUCGAGAGACUGUAAUUUCAUGAUGAAAUAAGUAAAGAUUAAAAUGUGAUUCGCAUUUCAACAA